CUUGGCGCCAAUCCCAAGCGAGCAGCGGGGGAAGUCACGUUAUCUGCAAGGUCCAAACACUGGCUGUGACUAUUAAUUAACCUCCUCACAUUCCAACCUCUGUCCCCCGCCAUAGCUAUUGUCUGCUUCUUUUUGACACCCAGUGAUAUCUCACCUUAUACUCCCCCCCCCCAUCUGUUGAUUUAUUAAUUAAUUUCAAAACAUAUCCAUCGCUAUGGCCGACUCAUUGACCGAAGAACAAGUUUCUGAGUUCAAGGAGGCAUUCUCCCUUUUCGAUAAAGAUGGCGAUGGACAAAUCACCACCAAAGAGUUGGGAACCGUAAUGCGGUCUUUGGGACAGAACCCUUCCGAAUCAGAACUGCAAGACAUGAUCAACGAGGUUGAUGCAGAUAACAAUGGAACCAUUGACUUCCCAGAGUUUUUGACUAUGAUGGCACGGAAAAUGAAGGACACGGAUUCCGAAGAAGAAAUUCGGGAAGCGUUCAAAGUAUUCGAUCGUGAUAACAACGGGUUUAUUUCUGCCGCUGAGUUACGUCAUGUUAUGACUUCGAUCGGUGAGAAAUUGACAGAUGACGAGGUUGAUGAGAUGAUCCGUGAGGCGGACCAGGAUGGCGAUGGACGAAUCGACUACAACGAGUUUGUUCAGCUCAUGAUGCAGAAAUAGGCGCUGGUUAAAAACCUGUUCCCUUGAAACCCUAAGCUACCAGCUGUUGAUUUCACGUUUGUUACCAUGCGGCCCACCAUUUGCUGUCGAAUGUUGAAACGAACUACGAUUUUCGAAUGGCAUCUAUAUCCCUUUUUUUCCGGCAUGCUGUCAAUUUAUUAGUGCUGUACUAAGGGCGCCUCUUAAUAUGUCAUUUCAAUUGGACCCUCGAACACUUAAGUACCUGAUUGAAAGGCGCACCGGGAAAUGAUAGAAUGGAAAUGUUCGAAGUCGGAAUGAGAUAGGAUCGUGAAAGAUUGAAGAAAAGGAGGAAGGGAAAAGACAAGAGAAAAAAAAAAAAAAAAAAAAAAAAAAAAAAAAGAUUGCGCCCAAUUUUCUGUCAUUAUUAUCGCGUUUUGCCUUCAUCCAUUUGGGUUCUGUUUAUAAGAUGCUUACAUCCUUUUCUUGCCCCCUCACCCCAUUUCCAUAUAUUUGCCGCUGAGUUUGUUUAGUAACCUCACCGCUUCCCCCCUUAACGUUCUAUAUGAAUUGAAACUUCCGCUACAUGGUAAUUUGAAAUGGCCUCAUGAACCUCAUGAAAUUUAACAAUAGAAAAAGCAAAUGGCAAUGAAACUUUCGCUUCUCUUGAUCUUAGUUUUAUGUUGACUUAUCUACCUCUCCUAGAGUAAAUGGCAUCCAUCCCACUUUUUGGGAACGCAGCCCGACCAUAGGGCUUUUCAUUCUUAAACACCCCGAUAUCAUUUAUGUAGUGUAGUUAAAAUCAAUCGUAUAUAUAUAAAAAUCUGACACAUCGAACGCCUAGCUCCCAAGCCCAACAAAAUGGGGAUAUGCGGCCAAUAACCAAAAAGGAAGGGAGAAAAGCAAAAAAAAAAAAAAAAAAACAAAA